AUGCCAAGCCGCCACGGAGAUGCACAUGCAGAGUAUUACAAUGACGAGGAUUAUAGACCAUCCCGGUCGCCGAUUGCCGGUCACGGAUCCAGGCGUGAGGUAGAGCCCUACGAGUAUGAAGCCUACUCCGGCCAACGAACUCGACGCCGUCACGAUUACGCACCUGGCCAUGGAGACAGAGAAGUAGACUACUAUCGCCACGACGACCGUCGCCCACGACGAGGGCGAUCAUUACACAGCGAGGAGAGGUACGCCGGCAGGAGAAGAGACCAUUCUCACCACCGUCGACAGCCACGUGCGCGAUCCCAUAGCGAAAACCGCGUCAAGGAGGCUGCAACCGCGGCGCUGGCCGCUGGUUUGGCCGAGGCCAUCAAGUCUCGUCACAGCCGGGACCAGUCCAAACGUGCUAUUACAGCGGCUGCUGGAGCGGCGGCGGUGGAUGCUCUUGUGAGCAAUGGGGAAGACGGCAAGAAAGGACGGCACAUUGCGGAAAGCGCUGUUAGCGGCCUCUUGAUCGAUCGGCUUGCAAACGGCAGCUCUAGACGCUGA